CGCUCUGGAGAUGUUAGCGGUUGGUGAAUAGCGCUCAAUUGAAAGUAAAAUUUAAUGUGACACUAUCAAAAAAGACAAGCCGAAUUGGCUCCGUGCUGGGGCGUUAUUGGGAAAAUUUCCUUCUCGAAGCCUCACUCCAGUUUAGUGUAAUUUCCCUGGACUGCAUUUGGGAAAGGUAACGAUAGCCAUGCUGGCUAACAUUAACCACUAAACGUAAACUGUACGCCAAUGGCGGAUUUCUACAUGCAACUAAUAUGAGCAGUGGAUCAGAUGCCAACAAAGACUUUGCGGAGCAGCUGCGGAUGCAGGAGCUCUACGGCCAGAGAAACUCAGAAGGCUCUGACCCCUACACCUAUGUCGAUCCAGAGGAUGGCACCGUGUACGACUGGGACCAUGAUAAGAAGGCCUGGUUCCCUAAAAUAACGGAGGACUUCAUCGCAGCCUACCAGGCCAACUACGGCUUCACUCAGGAAGGAGAUCCAGAUGCAAACAAAGCUGCGCUGAGCGGCACCGACCCAGCGGCUCGCAAACCGGAUAGUAAACCUCCAGAAAAGGAGAAGCCAGUGGAUCCCAAACCGAACCAAACCGGGGAGCAGCAGCAGACGACAGACAAAGAAGCCAAACAGAAAGGAGAGAAAAGGAAAGCAGAACCAGGAUGGUUUGAUAUUGAUGACAAUAAAAACACAAACGUCUAUGUGUCAGGCCUGCCUCCUGACAUCAGCACUGAGGAGUUUGCUGAGCUGAUGUCUAAGUGCGGCAUUGUGAUGCGGGACCCCAUCACAGAAGAGUACAAAGUCAAGCUCUACAAGGACAGAGAGGGAAAUCUGAAGGGAGAUGGUCUGUGCUGCUAUCUCAAGAAGGAGUCGGUGGCACUCGCCUUGCGUCUCAUCGACGAGUCCGAGGUCCGAGGAUAUAAAAUCCACGUGGAAGCGGCGCGUUUCGAACUAAAGGGCCAGUAUGACGCCAGCAAGAAGAAGAAGAAAAACAAAGAAUACAGGAAGAAGCUGCAGCAGCAACAGAAGCAGUUGGACUGGAGGCCAGAGAAGAAAGGAGAAGUGAGGAAGAGGCAUGAGAAAGUUGUCAUCAUCAGGAACAUGUUCCAUCCCAGUGACUUUGAGGAAGACCCACUGGUGUUGAAUGAGUAUCGUGAUGAUCUGAGGACAGAGUGUGAGAAGUUCGGAGAUGUCAAGAAGGUCAUCCUCUUUGACCGGCACCCAGACGGCGUGGCAUCGAUCGCAUUUAAGGAGCCCGAACAAGCUGACGCAUGUAUUCAGUCGUUCAAUGGACGCUGGUUUGGAGGAAGGCAGCUGUCUGCGCAGCUUUGGGAUGGAACAACAGACUAUCAGGUGGAGGAGACGACACGCGAGAGAGAGGAGCGGCUAAAGGGUUGGUCUACUUUCUUGGAAGGAGAUAAAGGCCAGCAGAACAACAACAACACAGCCACCAAACCAGCAGAGAGCAGCACCACCACCACCACGGCCGCCACCACCACCACCACCACCAGCGAACCCAGCGAGCCCUCCAGCACCACAGAGCCAGAGAAGCCCCCAAACACAGAACCGCAGUCCUCGAAGCAGCAGGAAGAGGAAAUGGACUCUACCGAUAGCAGCCUAGCGGGAAGUGAUGAAGAGGAAGCCUAGGCACUUACGUGCACAUCUUCAACCCUCGACCGACGACCAGGAGAGUCAUGCAUUGAGGCAAAGCUCUCUGCUGAGACAGAGAGAAGCAGGAGGACAGUUUUGUAAUGUAGAAAAAUAAAAUUGUGAUUUUGUCUA